GUCAGGGCGUUGGGGGGCCCGACGGGCUCCGGUUGCGCCUGCGCCUGGGCUCUCCGAAAGGCCGGGGGCGGGGCCGAGGGGUGGGGAGAAGGGGGGAGGGAAGAGGCCGCAGGAGCCCGGGACUGACAGACGGGCAGGCGGGGGCUGCGGCGGCGCCGCACCGGCGCCCCCCAUGCGCCAGGCGGCCGGACGGCGGCGUCGGGGGGCGCCAUGGCCUCGGCGGCGGCGGGCGAAGCGGAAGAGACCACCCGGCUGCGCAAGCCGCGCUUCUCGUUCGAGGAGAACCAGAUCCUGAUCCGCGAGGUGCGCGCCCACUACCCGCAGCUCUACGGCGCGCAGAGCCGUCGGGUGAGCGUGGCUGAGCGGCGGCGCGUGUGGGACGGCAUCGCCGCCAAGAUCAACGGCAUCACCAGCUGGAAACGCACCGGCCAGGAGGUGCAGAAGCGCUGGAACGACUUCAAGCGCCGCACCAAGGAGAAGCUGGCGCGCGUGCCGCACUCCACGCAGGGCGCCGGGCCCGCCGCCGACGAAGCCUUCUCCGCCGAGGAGGAGACCAUCUUUGCCAUCCUGGGGCCCGGGCUGGCGGGGCCCGGCGCGGGGGCCGGGACCGAGCCGCCGCCGCCGGCGGCAGCCGCUGCCUCCCAGCCGACCGCCCCAAGUGCCUGCGUCCCGCGCUCGACGUGCUCUGAGGACCGCAGGGCGGAGCGCCGGGCAGAUACACCAGCCCACAGCAAGGGGGGCUCCAGGAGCCCAGAUCCCUGGGUUCGCCCUGCAGCCAGGCCCCACGAGGGGGUCUGCUUACCGGUCAAAGAGCGCGAGACCCCGCCCCCAGCCCCCGCGCAGGGCCCCGCCACCGCAGGCCGGCCGGCCCCCAGCCCCCCGCCGCCGGCCGCCCCGUCGGCCCCCGACCCCGCGCUGGACUUGCUGCGCGCGCAGCAGGAGACGGCCGAUGCCAUCCGCGAGCUGGCGGGCACCCUGCGCCAGGGCCUGGCCAAGCUGAGCGAGGCCCUGAGCGCGCUGCUGCCGCUGCUGCCCGGAGCCCCCAGCGACCCGCCGCCCCCGCCGCCGCCGCCGCCGCCGCCCCCGACACCCCCCAGGCCGCCCCCUCCCGCGCCCGUCCCCAAGGUGGAGAUGACCCCCGAACCCGUGUCCGUGGUGGCCGCUGUCGUGGAUGGGGCCGUGGUGGCGGCCAGGGGUGUGAUCGUCUCCCCGAGGAGCGAGGAGGGAGGGGCCCGGCCCCCCCUGGCCCCGCUGCCGCCCCCCGACUCGCCCCCCCACAAGAGGAGAAAAGGGUUCCCCACGCGCAAGCGGCGGGGGCGAUGGAAAGCGCCCUGACACCCGCCCCGGUCCGGGCUCCAGCUUCUCUGCACUCCAGCCUUCGCCUUCUCCCCACAGCUUGCCGACGGAGGAGCGCCCCCACCCUGGCUGCACCCCGGCUCCCUGCUGCAGGGGCGCGAGCACCGCCCUGCCCCUGUACUAGUUAGUGCCUGAUUCUCGGUGGGGGGCGGUCCAAGAGUCCCCCCGCCCCCCCCACUCCCCCCCCCCCCGCCUCUCCAGUACAGCGCUGUUCGCCUGGCUGCUAACCCCACCCCGACUUUGAAGCCAUCAAUUUGAUGUUAUUUAUUAUCGCCCUUUGCGGGUUGCACAGGGGACCCCUCUCGGGUCUGCACACCUCCCUUCCCAAAAAAGCUCCUGGCCUUGACUUGAAGAGAAUCGACCCCGCGGAGGGAAUUGGGGGGAGGGGUUGUGCCCCACCUGGACUUGGGGAGACAAAUCAGGACUCAGGAGAUCAGAACGGGGCAGAGGGGUGCCUGUGGGAGAGAAGCGACUCUCACUGGCGUCCAGGGAGCGCCCUCAGCCUCCCAGGGCUCCCCAAUGGUGAUAUCAAUAAACUUAUUUUUCAUACAGUU